AAAGUGGAUUUGGCUCCCCCAGGUGUGUUCCAGGUUCCCCAGGUGUGUCCCAGGUGUGUCCCAGGUGUAUUUUGGGCUCCCCAGGUGUAUCCCAGGUGUGUUUCCCCCCAGGCCCUGCGCUCGCUCUCCCGGUUCCCGCUCCCGCUCCGUUCCGGCCGCGCCGCCGCCAUCUUGCAGCACUUUGGCCCCGCCCUCUGCGCCCGCCUCGACCAACGGCUGAGCCAGCACCGCCGGGAGCAGGGCCUCCCUGCCACGCCCCCUCGGCAGGAGCGGUGCCCAGACCCUCCCCCAGCCCCGCCCAGGCGCCGCCCCCGCCAGUCCCGGCCCCUCCCCCGCUCCAGGAGCCACGCCCUCCUGCUGGUGCUGAGCCAGAGCCCGGAGCCCCUCCCAGAGGCGGAGCUUCUCCAGCAGGCCCAGCCCCUCUGUGACCACGCCCUGACCCCGGCGGCUCUGGGUCCUCUCCUGCGCCGGGGCCUCGUGCAGAGCAGCAGGCGCCCCCCCCGGUAGGAACGGGACCCCCCG